AUGUCGUUUACUCAGCCCAUUCAAGACCAGUUCCUUGCCCUCAGCGGUCGGGAUCUUGGUCGCCGGCAUCGGAUCCUCAUCCAAACACCUCAGUUCCUUAAGCAGGUCGGGCCGCAUCCAGAUGAAGAUGAAGUCAAGGAUACAGCCGGAAAGCUCUCGGCGUGUUAUGAACUGGCCACCCUCAUCAACGAACAAUUCGGGCCUCCAGGGGCGGUUCUUACACCCGUUGCCAUUGAAUGGAUCGAGGAUGGAAAGUAUCCGUACUGCGCCCUCGAGGCACCUGACUCUCCUUCGCACCGAGACAUGUUGAACACAAUCUGGUCUCUGAGGGGAAUGUCGGCGCCUGGCUUGCUGUCGAAGUGGCGACUUCGAGUACCAGUGACCAGGCACGGUUGGUACCAGAACUUUCACGUCAAACUCGAGACGACUUCCGACGUCACCGCCAUCAGACCUAUUCCAAACAAGGUGGUGCAGUCCGGCGGCAUCCACAUUCUCACCUACGUCGUAUCCACGGAUCCCCGUACUCCUCCCGACGGAUUCGUUCAUGAGAACACAAAACGUGUCAUCGAGACCCUGACUGCUGCCGGUGUAAAAAUACUCAAAGAUCAUGGCACGAGUGAGACGUUGCGAGACCACCGCAGCCCUGCGUUCUUGGACUCGCAGAAGAUCAGCCUUCAGCGACUCUUGAACCCCCCCAUUCCCCGCACCAACGUGCCUGCCAUCAGCACUACCGACAAGAUGGAAGCGCUUGCGGUCGGCGUUGCGAGGGUCGAGGAUGCUGCGGUCGGCGAUGCGAGGGUCGAAGAUGCUGCGGUGGGCGAUGCGAGGGUCGGAGGAGAUGCGGUGGGCGAUGCGAGGGUCGGAGGAGAUGCGGCUGGGUACAGCGCCGAGGUAUUUGGCCCAGACCGUAGGAGUCGCCAGAUCUCCAACAAGUCGGCUGAGACCCCAAAAUCACCACCCGACGUUCCGACCGCUUCCGUAACUCGAAUCUCCACACCUUCCGGCGUCUCGAGUGGCGUCACGAUCGCUUCUACGCCUUCCGCCGACUGUUACCCCAGCACCAAGUUCGACGAGAGGAUUCGCCAGCGAUCCGGUGAGAGUGUCGACUCGCUUGAACGUCCGGCAAAGCUGAGGGUGCUCCCCUUGUUGAAAGCGGGCGACGGAGUGGGGAAGGUUGAGGGCAAGGGCGAGGGUGAGGGCGAGGGCGAGGACAAGGGCCGGGACGAGGGCGAGGAUAAGGGCGAGGGCGAGGGCGAGGAUAAGGGCGAGGGCGAGGACAAGGGCGAGCCCAAUGUCUCGCUUGAACCUUUGGCGAAGAGGCAUGCCCAUGAAGGAGCCGGUGCGUGCGAGGAUGGGGGAAAGGAUGUCAUCGCCAGAAUUGCGGAGAAGAAGCUUUGCCUGGCGAAGCGUACUCAAAAGGCUGAAGAGAAGUUGGUAGAAUGGCAGAAGGAUCUUGACGAAGUGAAGAGGAAGGGAGCGGAGUUGAAGAAGGAUUUGGAGGAGGCGAAGACAGCGGAAGCGGUCUUCCACAGUGCGAUCUCCGAUGUCAUCUAG